AUGGGUUUCGGUGGGGGUGUGACCGGGGUGGCAGCGGGGGUGCUCAGCGCGGAGGUGUGCGCGCCCCUACUGCUGCUUUGCUGGCUUUGCUGCUGGCCUGACGACGCGAACUCAGAUAGUACAUCUGGUAAACACCCACAGCGGCCAGUCCUUGCCCACGUUCACGAGUCUGGUUCCCGGCGACGCUCAAGUGAUAUAUUCGGCCGACGUAUCGGGAGCAGUGCUGUGUCUCUACACCUACCUAGUACUUCAGAUUACUUUAAUCCAGGUUACAAGAAACCUCUGUCAGCCCACCGCAGUCACGAAGAAAUCCCCAGGCGUCGCAAAUCAAACCAUGAAACCAGCGACCAGGAAACACGAUACCACUCAGCACCUAGUGUAAUUGAUGAGGUCCUACACAGGAGAGACUGGGAACGAUCCAGCAAAGAUCUCUACAUUCCUCUUAACCCAGAAAAAAAUGAGAACCAAUCGAGGAGAGUCGAGAAUCAAGAAGAAAUCGAGUCUGACUCUAGUGAAAGUCCUAAUAUUGCCCCAUAUGCAGAAGCGGAGUCAUCUUCAAUAGAAGCUAAGAGUGAUGAACAUAUUUCUGGGAAAACUUGCAAAAAACAUCACACAAACAUAAAGUCAUCUCGUGGCAAGAAGGAAAAAGAAUCCGUCGACAUAAAAGAUUCUGACGCCACAGAAUCUACUUUCUAUAUUGGAGACACUCACGAAGAAGAAACGAUGUUAAAAAAUAACGAUAUGAAACGGGAGGAACUACAAACCAAGUCUAUGUACAAAGCCAAGGAUGCAAAACAGUCUUUUAAUGAGUCUGUUAGAUCUAAAGAACGUCCUAGAGGUUCUUUGGCUCCUGUGGAUGAAACUCUCACGUACACCCUCGGUUUUUGUCUGGAUGAUGUUAUAGAACAGCUGGACCGUUCAGGAGCUGAGCAUCACACUAUCGAAUCCCGGCUCAGUAUUAACAGGCAUAUUUUCCCGCCGCCUUCUGUUGAGCCGGUGGGGUAUGAUGGUGGCGCAUGUUACUUGGCCGAAGUCGGUGACAUGUCAGAGCUGCGGGCUCGCGCCGAGCGACCAGGGCCGGCACCGGACGCAAGGGUAGCGGCCCUGGGUGCGAUGAGAGCAAGACAUGCAAGUGACGGGGACAUUCUUGCACCUCCGCAUAGACCUGAGUCUGGAGCAUUUUCAGGUGACGACAGACAUUUUAAGGAGAGUGACCUGGACCUGGAGAUAGAAGGCAGCGAGGAGCGCCCUCCUGCGUAUGACGAGAUACAUCAUUACGCUGCUCAUGACCACAAGGAAACGGCCAUAUAA